AUGGCUACCGCUAUCGCUCCUAUCACUGGCAUGCUCCGCCGGGGCCUUGUCCUUGACCUCAGCACUGCUUUCGGCCUCGGUACCACUUUCGGAUACCUCUGGUGGUACGGCUUCCACCUCCCCCGCGUCCGCGCCCGUGACAGCUACUAUGCCCGUAUCGAGAACGAGCGUGCCACCGAGAAGGCCUAA